AGCUAGUGCCCCGUUCAUGUCCAGUAGCAGUAGACCCACCAGUCAGUCGUCUUCCUCCCCAUGGCCAUGGGAUCCCACCCGCCGCCCUCUCGCUCCUCCCUCGAGCCCCUCGCCACGCUCGACCCCGCCGCGCUCGCCGGCCUCCCUGUCUCCUCCCCUCUCACCGUCCGCUCGGCCGCCCUCUCCGGCCGCCUCCUCUACCUCGGCACCGGCGGGGGAAAGCUCCUCCUUUUCUCCCUCCACGACGACAACAACGCCUCCCCUGAAUUCCUCCGCCUCCUCCCCAUCGGUGCCACCCUCUCCGUCUCCGCCAUCCUUCCGCUCCCUUCCGUAGCCCGCAUCCUCGUCCUCGCCGGCGGUAUUCUCCUCCUCGCCGACCCGCUCCUCUCCCGCCCCGUCCGCCGCCUCGGCUCCCUCCGCAACGUCGCCGCCGUCGCCGCCCGCCCCACCGCCGACCCCUCCUCCCCGGACUGCUCCCUCGCCGUCUCCGUCGGCAAGAAACUGCUCCGCGUUGACCUCGCGUUGCGGGACGGCGACGAGUUGGAUGUGCAGACGCGCGAGAUCGCCCCCGCUGUCGAUGGGGUCAAGGCACUCGCUUGGGUCGGCGACUCGGUGUUCGUUGGCACAGCAACGGGGUACUCGCUCUUCUCGAGCACUGCUGGCCAGGGGGUGGAUAUAUUCACGCUCCCGGAGUCCUCCGGUCACCCCAGAAUCAAGCCGCUGUCGGGAGGUGAGGAGGUGAUGCUCCUGGUGGACAACGUCGGGGUGGUCGUUGACAGAUUCGGGCAGCCGGUCGGAAGCAGCUUGGUGUUCAACACCACACCGGACUGUAUAGCCGAGGUGUUCCCCUAUGUGAUUGUUGCUGGGGACUCCAAGGUGGAUGUGUACAGGAGGAGGAACGGGGCACAUUUGCAGACCAUUCCUUUUGCCAGGAGUGGUCCAGGUGUUCUGAUUGUAGCGAGCGACGGCGAUCAAAGUGACACAGAGCUAGUUGUGAUUGCGACGGCUUAUAAGGUUUUUUGUUACCAUAAGGUAUCUGCAGUGGAGCAGAUUAAGGCGUCUUUACGAAUAAAGAAUUAUAAGGAAGCUAUUUCUUUGUUAGAAGAGUUUGAGUCAGAUGGUGAAAUCUCAAAGGAUAUGAUCUCCUUUGUCCAUGCACAACUUGGAUUCUUGUUGUUUUUCGACUUGCGCUUUGAGGAUGCUGUAAAUCAUUUCUUGCUCUCAGAGACUAUGCAGGCAUCAGAGAUAUUUCCGUUCAUCAUGCGGGAUCCUAACCGUUGGUCAGAUCUGGUGCCAAGAAAGCGUUAUUGGGGCUUGCAUCCUCCCCCCAAGCCCCUUGAAGAAGUUAUUGAUGAUGGAUUGGUAACAGUUCAACGAGCAUUGCUUUUAAAGAAGGCAGGUGUGGAUACAAUUGUAGAUGAAGAUUUCCUUUCAAACCCACCAAGUAGAGCUGAUCUGUUGGAACUAGCGAUCAGAAAUAUUAUCAGGUUCCUGUGUGCGUCGCGGAUGAAGAAUUUGUCUUCUCCAGAGAUGGAAGGAGUUGAUACUCUUCUGAUGUAUCUUUAUAGAGCCCUUGUUCUUGUAGAUGACAUGGAGAAGCUUGCAUCAUCUCAGAAUAGUUGUGUUGUGGAUGAGCUAGAAUCACUUUUGGAUGACUCUGGACAUCUGCGGACACUUGCAUUCUUAUAUGGCAGUAAAGGAAUGUGCUCCAAAGCUCUCGCCAUAUGGCGUAUAUUGGCAAGGAAUUACAGCGCAGGUUUGUGGAAGGAUUUGUCUGAAAACGGCUCUCAUGAAACUUCGGUUGAUAAAAAGUCUGGUGAGGAAAUUGCUGCUAUAGAAGCCUCCAAGAUACUGAAAACAUCAUCUGAUGAGGACCUUGUUCUGGAACAUCUUGGAUGGGUGGCAGACAUUGAUCAAGAGCUAGCGAUUGCAGUUUUAACAUCUGAGAUGAGGGAAAAACAACUUUCUCCUGAAAAGGUUGUCGGUGCUGUUGAUUCAGAGAAGGUUGUGAUCCAUCAAAGAUAUUUGCAGUGGUUGAUUGAGGAUCAGGGUUGCGAUGACCCUCACUAUCACACAUCAUAUGCACUUUUGCUGGCCAAAUCUGCCAUUGAAGCAGUUCAUAUGGAGUCCAAAUAUGGAGGGAAAGAUGAUAAAGAAAUUGAUUCUGAUGUGCAGUUCAUUUAUUCAUUGAGAGAAAGGUUGCAAUUAUUUUUGCAAGCUUCAUACCUGUAUGAUCCAGAAGACGUGCUAGAUGUGAUAGCAGAAUCUGAGCUAUGGCUGGAAAAGGCAAUAUUGUAUAGGAAGAUGGGCCAAGAGAACAUUGUACUACAGAUACUAGCAUUGAAGCUGGAGGAUAGCGAAGCUGCUGAGCAGUACUGUGCAGAGAUUGGUCGAGAUGAUGCCUAUAUUCAGCUUUUGGGUUUGUAUUUGGACCCUCAAAAUGGGAAAGAGCCUAUGUUUACAGCAGCUGUUCGACUUCUCCAUAAUCAUGGGAAAUCUUUGGAUCCCUUGCAAGUCUUGGAGAGAUUAUCUCCUGAUAUGCCUCUACAGCUGGCAUCAGAUACAAUUUUGCGAAUGCUGAGAGCUCGGGUGCACCAUCAUCGCCAAGGGCAGAUAGUUCAUAAUUUGUCACGUGCAACAAACCUCGAUGCACGGUUAACAAGAUUAGAGGAGAGAUCAAGGCAUGUGCAGCUAACUGAUGAGAGUAUCUGUGAUUCAUGUCGAGCUCGCCUUGGCACCAAGCUAUUUGUCAUGUACCCAGAUGACUCGGUUGUUUGCUACAGGUGCUAUCGCAACCAAGGUGAUUCUUCUUCAUCAGGACGCGGUCGUAACCUGAGGAAAGAUGUUAUAUUCAAACAAAGCUGGCUUGCCAGUAGAUAGUGAAUGAAUACCGACGAAGCUCCAGAUGUCCAGCAGAUGUACUCAUGUUUCCCCUUCACUGCUGUGCUGUGCACCAUCAGAGAGAGUACACAUUCCGGCCGUUCAAUUUCUCGGAAAUGCCCCACUACGUUGCAGUACUGGUUGCAGUACUGGUGGUGUGAAGUGAAACACAUUUUCCAUGGAGAAGGGGGACAGGCUGUGGUGGUCAUGGAACUUAAUUGAUACUAUGUACACAAGAGCUUUCAUGGUUUGUCCAUAGCCUAGGGGUUUCUCAAAGCUCAACACAGGAUAUGAGAUGUCUGGUCUGUUAGUUGUGUACACUGACUGUAGAGAGAGAGAGAGAGAGAGAGAGAGAGAGAGAGAGAGAGAGAGAGAGAGGGCAUACGAUACGAGUAUUGUGUCAAUGAGCAUUGUGUGCUCGAUGAAUCCUUUGCUGACUGUCUUGUGUUGGAUCAAACCUUUGACAUUGGCGUAUC